GACGGCACAUCUAGAGCCCGUCAAGAUCUCUCCUUUCCCCAUAGGGGCUUCUCGCUAGACUUGUCUACCUUGAGCAGAGACCGACGUUCCGCAUCUUCCAGAAGGGCCAGACACGCUCAGUGGAAUGUACACGAGUGACCACGCUGGCAAAGCAGCAGCUGUAGUAGGAGGAGGCGGUUCCAUCGACCACGCACGAAGCCUAGAUCAACUCGCUGAUAUUGCAAUACAAGCACAACGCAGUAUGCAGCCAGGUCCAUAUGUCACGGGCGCAAGCGGCUUGAUUCACCAAACACCCGCUAAACGUGACUACAAGGGCCAGCGUAUCAGUAGGACGAGUGACCACAUGGAUGAAGCACCUGUUCGUCUACCGCCCAUUACAACACUGACAAGAGCAACAUCGCCUCUUGCCACAACGAAGCAACCUUCACCGACAUCCUGGCAAGCGCGUUCACCGCAUUAUGAAGUCACGGAGUCAACACAUCGUCCAGCACGGCCUGAUCGAUUCACCCAUUCAGACAGUCUUUUACGAGCGCCGCCACGGAUGGAAGAUCCAACCAUCGCCGAUGCUCUGCGUGCGAAUGCAUUUCGUAGAGACAUGGAACGACUCGAGGAUCUAAGUUCACGCCUCUACUAUUUCGCUGUGCAUUCAGCGCCCGGUACUGGUACCGAUGCACCGAGUAUGCCCACUGCGCCGAAACCUGUCCGGAUGCCGAGUAUGUUUGGUUUUGAUGAGGCUGUUGCACACGCACAAGAAAUGGCGCAUCUUUUGACGCAUUGGCGAGAAGCUGAGUUUCCGGGUCGUGCAGCGGCUGUCAAGCUACAGAGUGAGAAGCGGAGAGGGUCGUCGUUGGAUAGGGAAAUGAUUGGACCACCUCAUGUUGCCGGGUAUACGCGUGGACCACCGAGUUUCUAUACGCAGGAUUCUGGUGUGCUCAGUGAUUACUCACGGAAUGGAUCCAUUGCGCUUGGUCAUGCAGAUUCAUUUUCGUCUGUCGAGGGUGCAUCUGUGAUGAGCAGUAACAACACUUCAAAAGAACGUCGGCGGACAAGUAGUCAUGGUGCACUACGGCCGGGUAGUCUGCCUGAAUCUUUUGCAUCUUACAAUAUAACUGAAGCGACGCAUGCAAGAGCGGCACUCGGAAGACCUGUUGUGGGUGCUGGGCAUACGACUGCAGCUAGUGCUGCUGCUGCUGCUGCUGCUGCUGCUGCUGUGACAGGUCAAGCAUCGACGGGGAGAGUUGCACCACCUGGGAGAUGUCAUUCUUGCAACAUCUCAGAGACACCAGAGUGGCGACGUGGGCCGGAUGGCGCACGAACAUUGUGUAAUGCUUGUGGGCUGCAUUAUGCGAAAUUGACCAAGAAGAAGGCUGCUGCUGCGGCGGCGGCGGCUGCUGCUGCUCAAGCACAGGCACAGGCACAAACGCAGGCGAGUGCUGAGAGUGACGCGCGAGCCCUGUCGAAUGCGAGUAGUGCGACGACUGCUCCGAGUACGUCGAUGAGUCCUGAUUCAUUGACACCGACGACGGUCACUCCGAAUUCUGUGGUUGCUGCAGCGUCAUGGACGCAAGUGAGGCCAUGAUUGCACACAGCAAUGCAGGCUCUAGCAAUGUUCCGGCCGCCUUCUGAUCAUCACCGCUGCAGGCAGUCUUUUUGAUCUUCUCCCUCAUGUGCACGGGCGCUUGGCUUUCUUGGUUCUUUUCUUUUGUUGGAUUUCACCCGCUGUCUGGGCAAUGCAUCUCUCUGCCACCUUGUCUGUUCGUCUCUUCAUACUCUGCAUCUAUCAUGACCUCUGCUCCUGCCUCAUCCUCUCUCUCUCUUU